CACUCCCGAUACUGUGUGGGAAUCAUUUUGGCAUUUUAGCGUAAUAUCUAAUAUUUGUCAGCUUUCGAUUCUUGUCGGACAUCGGCAACUGCUUUUGCUUUGGUGUUUUUCUCAGUUCACGAUGCAGCGAUUUCUUCCUUUCUCUUGUGUAAUGGUUGUGCUACUGUUUAUGAGCUAUCCUCUUCCACGACAAAACAAUGAUGACCAUUUAUUUUCGCUCCAAUCAAUUCCAGCGCAGGUCAAAAAUCAUACUUCAGGAGUUGGACCUUUCAUUUUCAAAGACUCGAGAUCUUUUAACAAGAUAGACUGGUUUAAUCCAAGGUUCACUUACGUCGGAUGUUUAUGCUUAAUCUGAACUCAUCCCAUCAAAACAAUUCCCGAUCAUGAGUACUAAUU